AUGGCUAUCAGCCAUGUUGAAAUUGUUCAGUCGUUCUCUCAUCGCUCUCCUUACCCUUUCAGCCGACUUGACAGGUCUCCGACUUCUCGUCGAACGCAUGAGACUCGUGCACGAUCUCCAUCACUCACCCCGCCGCGGGUUCGUGACACAUCAUCUCGUUUGCGUUCUGGCGUGAACGCGGAAUCAGGUCACGCAUCAUAUCGUCUUCGUCAGCCCGAAAUACAGUCUACUGUGCAUCCGGUGUCCGAGUCGUUUUUCGACAUGUCCACCUUUGUUAUGAGCCAUCCGAGUCCGCCAUCACUUCCCCUCACUGAACGUUUUGAUCGUCUGACAAACGCGGGUACAGCCGUCUACAACGGUCGCUCAUACAAACGACCAAAUGAUAGUCGACAUAUUCCCCACCUAAUCAUCACAAACAAUACCAAAUUACCACAAGCCACAUUGAUUCGCCAGGCCAAAGCGAUCUCAAUAGUGAUUGAGCGAAAAUUACCUAUGGGCAAGCGACGUAAUGAGGAUAGCGAACCGUUUGAUUCGAGACAGCCGUCGCUUAUCAUCAUUCCACGUCGACCGAACGAGGGUCUCCGACCAGUUUUCGAUCGUUCUGAGAUCAAGUUCUAUCUGAGCGUAAUCGAUGAGGCGGAAAUUUCGAAACGUUUGCUCAAUUGUGUUUCCACAACGGCUAGCUCAUCCAGGCAACCAGCUCCAGUGGUGGAUCGUCGCACUCGAGGUAAUCAAUACCAAGAUGAGGCUGUUGUUGUCCCUGGACGAUUUUACGGAAGUCGAGUAGAUGAACAAGGUCGUUCACGGUUUGUGCAUCCACUGGAUCCUUCAGAAACCCCUCGUAGCGGGGCGUACUUCCUGCAUGAUGAUCGUGAAGAACCGAACAACAACAACUCUGGCCGUCGUGAUUGGGCUGCACGAGCAAAAUAUCGUUCAGGAGGUUUCCGUCGAGAACCGGAUGCGCGUAAUCGAUCGCGUUCUCCACCACCUUAUUACUACCAAGAAUCUCCCCGGGUAUCCUCUCGUCCAUCAGUGGAUACAGACCGCUGGCAGCACGACAAAUUUGAAGAGCUAAUGCAUGAGGAUCGGGGCACACAUUCACGGCCCAGUAUGGAUGAGAAUGACGGGGUUCGUCAUCAGCCUACCGGAUCCGUGGGAGGCAAACCGUUACCUAAACCCGUUCCUGCUCCCAAACCUAUCCUGUGGUCCACCAUCGGAAAUGAUAUGACUAAUGGUCAAGCCAACACUAUCGGGUCUAACAAGCAUGAUUAUACUCCACAGAGUUCCAGUGGUCGUUCUCCGAUUCCACCGGAUCCCGAAGAUGAGACCGGAUUGAAGUCUACCCGGACGAACGACAACAAGGAUGUGCGUAUCGAUGCGGAGCCGGUUCUGGACGACACAAUGGAAGGGUGA